UGACCGGUGCUCGGGGAGGAGGAGUACCCGGGCUGGUGUGGGAGAGGGAGAGUGUGGGCACGGCCUGGCUGGAGUGGGACUAGGCUGGGGGAAAGCGCCUGCAAACCUGGCCAGACCGCCACAUUGGGCCGCCGGGGGGCAAAUUGCUACUCUGGAAACCAAGGUUGUUCAUAUGUGGAAAUGGCUCUACAGGAUUUGCCAGAUAUUUCUGCUAUGACAGAUGAAGUAUACCGAACACGAAGCCAAAAGAGAGCGUUGGAGCGCGAAGGCCUGCAUAAUGAUGUGGAUAUGAAGAAACCAAAAAUGGAAUGUUCCAGAGGGAAUGAUAGGGACAGUGAACUAGAUGAUGUGAAAGGGGGAAUGAGAAUUAAAACUGAACCCGUCGAUCGGGGUGGUGGUCGGACUCCUGGGUUACUAAAAGGGCCUGGUGAAGUGAAAGCAACAAUUAAAGUAGAAGUACAGGCCGGUGAUGAACCUGUCGACAUGAGCACAUCAAAGAUUGAAAUGAAGAAGGGAAAGCGUGCACCAUCACCAGAUAUCAUCAUCCUCUCUGACAAUGAAGCCUCAAGUCCCAGGAUGAAUGGGCUCUCAAAGGAACCGGGAAGAAACGCAAAUAGAGAUGAUAUUAUGAGCACACCAGAGGAGCGAGAGAGAAUGAUUAAGCAGUUAAAGGAAGAGCUACGGCUGGAGGAAGCCAAACUCGUCCUACUCAAGAAACUUCGGCAGAGCCAAAUUCAAAAGGAAGCUACCAUCCCGAAGCCUGCUGUCUCGACAGGCACUGCCAUGGCCACCCCACCCCCGCUGGUCCGGGGAACGCUGCAUGUUCCCGCUGGCAAGCCCAACUUCCAGGUAACCGCUGCCCGUACAAUGGGUACAGUAAUUCCACCACCUCUGAUUCGUGGUGGUCAACAGGGAAUCUCAAAACCUGGAUCCCAGCAGAACUCUCAGAUAGCAAUGCCACCAUUAGUGAGAGGAGCACAGCCAAUGUCUGUUUCUCCCCAGCAAAUCCACGCCAUCAGGCCACAUGCCAGCACCGCUCCACCACCCCUGCUCCUGGCCCCACGGGCUUCCGUGCCGAGCUCCGUGCAGAUGCAGGGCCAGAGGAUUCUUCAGCAGGGACUAAUCCGUGUGGCCAAUGUCCCCAACACCAGCCUGCUCGUCAACAUUCCACAGGCAUCGAGUACGAUGAAAGCUUCAGCAUUGAAUUCGGCUCAGUCAAAUGCCAACACCAAUACAGUGUCGUCAGUCAUGAAUUCCAAUGACUCACCAGCUAGUCGGCAGGCAGCAGCUAAGCUUGCUCUCCGGAAGCAGCUGGAGAAGACAUUGCUGGAAAUCCCACCCCCCAAACCACCAGCCCCCGAGCUGAACUUCCUACCCAGUGCUGCAAAUAAUGAGUUCAUCUACUUGGUGGGACUGGAGGAGGUGGUACAUAAUCUUCUAGAAACCCAAGGUAAAAGUUCAGUACAGGGACUGACCCAAGAGCCAUACGCCUGUUCUCAAUGUAAAACUGAUUUCACCUGUCGCUGGAGGCAAGGGAAAACUGGCACUAUCAUGUGUGAGCAGUGCGUGACGUCCAACCAAAAGAAGGCAUUGAAAGCUGAGCAUACCAAUCGUCUGAAAGCAGCAUUUGUGAAGGCCCUUCAGCAAGAGCAGGAGAUUGAGCAGCGGAUACUGCAACAGACAUCAUCAACUGUACAGAGCAAGCAGGACUCUGCAGUACAGCACCACACGUUGAAACAGAGCUCUGGGCAGCUGUCUCGAGGGCCACAGUCAAUUACAACCAACCCCCGAGGAGUGCUGCACACGUUUAGCCAAUCGUCUCAACUGCAAAAUGCUGCUCUUGUCAGCAGGCAAAAUAAGCACACCGAGCGAGCUGGGAGCAAAGGCAACACCACCACCUGGAGGAAGCAGAUUAGCAACACAGGGGUUACAAUGGCAUACGUUAGCCCGAAUCUUUCGAUGCACAAGACAACUUCAGCCGUGGAACGUCAGCGCGAGUACCUGCUGGACAUGAUCCCUUCACGAUCUAUCAGCCAGUCGGCCACCACAUGGAAAUAAAUUGGGAUGGGGGUUGGGGGGAGGGAGAGGGAGGGAGGGAAAUAGCUCCAAGAGACAACCGCCAAAACCUUGCACCCCUCUUUACUGCUAACAUGCAGUCCAACAGUCAGAGAGGUGUGGGGCCCGCGUCAACCCAGCAACCCAGCCAUUUUCCCAUAGCUCUGUUCAGAUGAAAUCUGGAUUUCUUUGCCUUUUGGACACUUCUUACACAAUGUAUAAGGAAAAUUACAACAUGUGACUAUUAGGAAUGAGUAUUCAUUUUGUUGGAUUAUAAUGAAAAUUGUAUGGGGAAAUGAGAAUUUUUUUUACUUGCUCUUUCUCAGUGUGUGUGCGUGCGUGCGUAUGAGAGUGCGUGCCUGUAUGUAUAAAUGAGUGUGAGCCUGUGUGAGCGUGUGCCAUUGUUUCUCGCCUUCAUAGUAUAAAGGACUGCACCAUAGUUCUCAAGUUCUACAUUAGCUGUAUAGUUUUGUUUAGGGGUUUUCUCUUUCUUUAUCAUGUCCGCAAACAUACUAACAGUGUCAAUCAUUCUGAGGGUUGAAGUUGAGAAGAGGACUUUUGAGUCAGUUACAGUUGUGACAAUUUGGAGCGUUGCAUUUUUAAGAACAGAUUUGAGAUGCAGACUGGGCAAUGUUGAAGGAUCACAAACUAGUGUUGUCCAAAGCAUGAGGACUCUACCUACGAUGAUAUAUGUUUGUAGCUUCUACUCUUCCAUUCCUAAAAUGUUUUUGUUUAAUUGCUUUGAAGCAAACAGUGAUUUCUCUGCAGAUUCCAACGCCCCUCUGCGCCUUGCCCACUUGCAACCCAAGCUUUAAAUGGGGGUUUCCUUUUACAGCAAAAAUUAAAGUUUGGCUGAAAAAAGUAAGUGGCUAUGCACAACGUUGUUAGAGGAUGUGCAAUGAUGCUGAUGAUUUCCAGUGUGUGUUUCCUGGCUGUCCCAUAACUCACUUUCCAUCAGUAAUAGUAAUCAAGUAAUUCCUCCUGCCCUUUCACAAACCCCAACAAAUGCACAUUGAACGUAAGUCAAUUUGCAAGCAGCAUAUUUUACACUGGGAAUAGACGGGUAACCUAAGACACGGGUCAUUUUCUAUUGCUUUGAGUGGAGAACUUAUUUCAACAAGGGUUUUGUGUGUUUUUAUUUGCAAGUUCAACAUGAAGUUACUCACUGGUGAGCAAGCUACCCUUGAAUGCCAUUUCCAUUCAAGUCAGGGAUAUGACCUCAGCACUGACAUUCCUUCACUUUGCUGAAGAGACUUCAGGAAGGGAGGGUUUUUUUUUCUGCUCUCUUUCUCCCCCACCACCUUUGUUGUGGGUCUACUGCUGUUUGGAAACCUCCACAUUGGAGUACUUGAUUAAUUACCCCAUUAGUAUCAAUCUUAUGGCAGAUCUAGCUCCCAUGCUCCUGAUGCUGGAUUUUUUUUUAUGUGCCUGGAUCUCUGUUCCAUAAUUAUUAGAGGGUUGGGGAUAGAUUUUUCUCUUAUAUGCAUACAUUGAACCUCACUACAGGAUGGUGCUCUUGCAUUUUACUCCCAGUCUAUUUGAGAGAGGUGUCCUUACCUGAAUGCUGCAGUGCUGUAGUCGAAGAUAAGCCAUGCAUUUAUGUUUGGAAAGGGGCAGGCAGGCAGACAGAAGUGGGUUGAAGCGAUUUGAUCAUGGGCACGUUGCUGCUUGAAGCUAGAGCUGGGAAGAGAUAGACGUGAUAAAAAAAGCACAAACAUCCACAGUGUUAAACUGUGCCCAAGCAAGUACAUGUUCUGUUUUGAACUCUGAGAAACUGGAAUUGGCACUGUUAUUUUUAACUCAUUUGCUUCACCUUCCAGUGCGAAUAAUUUCCUCCUUCAUUUAGGGAGAUUUUUAUUUCCCCUCCUUUUUUGUUAUUUAAUUAGCCAUUUGGAAGCCAUUAAAAAGAUUUUGCCAGUUAUCUCUGUUUUUCUCCUGUAAACCUUAAGGGCUCUCUUGAGCAAGAAAUUUAAUAUCACCAGAGUAAUAUUGUUGAGUGGAGUUGGAUCAUUGCAAAGUGUGACGUUGUAAUUUUCAGAGAUCCCGAUAUUUACGUCUGAUCAGAUCCCCAUCGUGGAAAUGGGUCAAAAGAGAAUGUUUCCAAUUUAAUAAUGUGCAUAAAGGUAAGAGCUUAUGCACUAUAAGGGACAACAGAGACUUAGUGAGUGUACCAGUAUGCCAUAGAACAGUAUUUACCAGUUCAGUCUUUGUUGAUCUCAUCAGAUGAGGGCACUAAGAAGUGUGUGGAAGUGCUUCCCUCUGCCUUUCUGUCCCUUAAGUUUGGAAAAAAGUUUACCAAAGUUCAUGCUGCUGCUGGUCAUCAAGUGACUCCAAUUUGGAAGUCCAUUUACAUGUAUGGAAGAGGGUAGUGGGAUUUGUAUGGAUCCAAGUCCCAGUGAAAGGGGGCAAUGAGGAGGCUUUCACACUGGUCACUGCUCCAGAUUGUCUCCUGUAUACUGUUUCUGUGUUACUACCAAAAGAAUUAAUCCCCCUCUUUUUAAAAGAAGCAGUUGCCUGGAUAUAUUGACAAGUGUCUUUCAGUAUGUGUUUUUUUUCGUUUGGAAUGACGUGGGGGCUGCUGGAAGGAUGGGUGGAUUGCUGGCAAAUUAAUCGGUUUUGUAACAUAUUGGGUGGAGCUGGGUAAUUGAAAGUUAUCUCGGAGACUCAGGUUCUCUGUUGCAAUGUACAUAACUGAAGUUAUUUUUUUGUUGUAGAAGUUUGAGUUUGUUGCGAUCUUUAUUGGAUCUUUCCGCAGGUUGACGUUCACUAUUCAGGGUGGAUUGUAGACUUGGAGUCGGAGCAGAAAAUGGCCCCGACUCAAAUCCACCUGGAGGUUGGGUUAGACUGUGUGACGGCUUUUUAAAAAAAAUUGUCCCCAAUUCUCUCUCCCUUUUCUGUCCUCACUGCCCAGCCUGCUUUCUAGGUAGAGUUGAGCUCUGCUGACUCUGCUCAUGGCCCAUUAAACAAUAGAAGAGGCACUUCUGUCCUUGAGUUGGUUCCAUUGUCCUCGCUCCACUUCCUCCUCUAGCUGUUUACAUUCUGAAAUUGGUUGCAUCCUACUUGUUUUGAAGAACCAAGCCCAAUGUAUUAAGUUUAUGUAAUGCUUUAUAAAUGGCAAACUGUGUGCCCUGUACCUUUUGCUCUUUCUCUUUCAUGGGUAAUCCCUUAAGUCUAGGAUUGAGAACUCGAGAAUAGAAGGCAAAAAUGUGCUUCACGAUGGAGUGGGUUGAUAACUUCAACUUGUCCACCAUCCCAUAUUGGGACCCCCCUCUUCCUGCUCCCCUUUUCCCCUGUCUGGGACAGAAAGGGAGGGAGAUGCAGGUGCAAGGCUGUGAUCUCUGGAACCUGGGUUCAGAUUGAACCCCACUUGGGAUGGAAGUUGUCUCUUGUCCAGCAACUCGUGUUAAUUUGGGGGCAUGCUCAAUCCAUGUAGUUCCCUGUGGGAAUAGGCCUCCUCACACAUGUUUGGGCCAUCUGGUCAGGUAAGGUCAUUGUCUUUUGUUUUUGGUUUUAUAGGGAGAGGGACAGGUAACCAUGUUUGACAAUACUUUUAUAUUUUGAAAGAAAUGUAGAUCGUUGUGCCUCUUUUGAACGAUCAGUAACAAAUUGAUACCAAAUAAAGUGCCCAGCUUCACUGCAACAGCAAGCGUUUGGGUUGCAGGCUGAUCAGAAACCUAUAACAUCCAUCUUCCUCCUCAUGCCCAUUCCAACUCUCUCCUCCCUUUCCUUCCGCAAAAUUAGUUGUUGAAGCAAAGGGGAGGGGGAGCAGGAGCAGAGCAACUGACAGUUUAUAGAAUGAAUGCAAACAUCCCAGAAACCUCAAGCACAUAUUGUCUGAAAGCAGAAACAGUUUUCACGUGGGAGCAACUGUAUACAUGGAAAUUACUGCAGAUUUCACAGAAAACCUGCGCCAUGCAAAAGGACUUUUAUCUCCACUUUGUAUUGUCAGCAAAUUAUAUUCCAGCUGACUGAAGUCACAAGAGUUGAUGCAGACCUAUUGGUUACCUUCUGGACCUUCCAUUUACUGUGACUAUAGCCUUUACUAGAAAAAUUUCAAAGAUAUUGCUCGAGAUGCCCGUUCCCACUGAAGCUCUGCUGGGAAAUUUAAAUCCAUGCUUGAAAUGGAUAUUGUAUAUUGUAAUGUGAGGGAUUUUUAGCAUUUGAAUGACAAAUAAACAGGACAAACAACAUUGUG